UUAAAUGUUUUUAAUAUACAAAUAGUUCAUUGUUUGGGAUAUAUUAAGUGUAACACUUCCAUGAAUGCUCCUAAUUAUGUAGUCAUCCAUUUUAAAAGCACGUACCCCCCUGCUCUUUUUUUGGUUUGUUCCUAGAGACUGCCAUGUUGGAUUCAGCCACAGAUCUGAUUCUGCAAUUGUGCUCGCAUUGGAGUUCUGAUGAAAGUUUAGUGGGCAUCUACCGUCUUCAACACGUAUCGGGAAUUUUGUUUCGGAUUGAAGAAGGACCUUGCCUUUUCUUUUGACGUAGCAAAAAUAUUAUAAUACUACAGCUGUUUGUACCGGGUCGUAAACAGACCUGCACCGAUGUGAGGGUCGGGUGGCAGGCCAUGGGAGAUCAAUGUCAAUGACUGUUUAUUGUAUCGUGUGGGUUUCAUACAACGACCAAUCGGAAUCAUAACACACAUUUUGACCUUUGGGUGACUAUCAAUAAUGAGUGGACAUCCGCCGCAAAGACGGCCCACUAAUGUUGGAUCCAUUCUCCUAACCCAACAAGAGAACGACUGUAUCUACAAUUACCUUGGCAGGAAAUGCAUCUCGCUGUCUUCUGCGGUGGUACAGGUGUAUUCGGCCGAAAGGAACUCAGCCUGGAACAAGAGAUGCUGUGGCGUGGCCUGUCUGGUCAAAGACAACCCGGCGCGAUCCUACUUCAUCCGGGUGUUCGACAUCAAGGAUGGUAAAACCAUGUUCGAGCAGGAGCUAUACAACAACUUCACAAUCAGUGCUUCCCGAUCUUACUUCAUCACAUUCGCAGGAGACUCGUGCCAGAUUGGGCUGAACUUUGCCAGCGAGGAGGAGGCCAAACGUUUCCGUGCUGCCAUGGGAGAGCUGCUCGGGAGGCGACAGAAAAAAUCUGAAAAAAGACGUGACCCUCCCGGUCCAAAUGGCCCUGCCCUGCCCAUGGCCACAGUGGACAUCAAGAACCCAGAGAUCAACAAUGUGACACGGUUCCACACCAAACCCCAAAUGAACAGCAUAGUGAGCAGCAGCUUCAACAACAAGAAGGAGAAGAAGGUGAAGGGGAAGAAGGGCAAGAAGCUCACCAAGGCAGACAUAGGAACGCCCAGCAACUUCCAGCAUGUUGGCCACGUCGGCUGGGACCCGAACACAGGCUUCGAUUUGAAUAACCUGGACCCAGAGCUGAAGCACCUGUUUGAUAUGUGUGGCAUCUCUGAAGCACAGCUGAAGGACAAGGAGACCUCCAAGGUCAUCUAUGACUUCAUCGAGAAGAAGGGAGGGGUGGAGGCCGUCAAGAACGAGCUCCGGAGACAAGCUCCCCCACCCCCUCCCUCCCGAGGUGGCCCAGCAGGCGGUCCUGCUCCACCCCCUCCUCCUCCCCACACCUCCGGCCCCCCUCCACCACCGCCUCCGCCCAUCAGGGGCCGGGGCGCGCCUCCACCUCCUCCCCCCUCCAGAGCGCCCACCUCGGCUCCCCCACCCCCUCCCCCCUCCAGACUGGGCAUGGGAGCCCCCCCGCCUCCCCCUCCGACCAGGGGUCCUGUACCCCCUCCUCCCCAGCCCUCGCAUGCCUCCCUGGCUCCCCAGGCCCCGCCUCCUCCCCCGCCUCCCUCCUCCGCCCCAGCAGGCAUGGGUUCUGGAGCGCCUCCCCCACCGCCUCCUCCUCCCCCGCCUCCCGGGCCUCCUCCUCCACCCAUUCUGCCAGAAGCUGAUGGCGGGGGAGGUGCAGGCAAGCCUUCGGCCCUGCUGAGCCAAAUCCGUGAAGGGGCCCAGCUGAAGAAGGUUGACCAGAAGGAAAGGCCUGUUUCCACCAACACGGGACGGGACGGCCUCCUAGAACAGAUACGACAGGGCAAACAGCUAAAGGCUGUUACCGACACCCCAGAGUCAGGAGGACCUCCCACCCCUUCAGCAGGUAUCGUCGGAGCUCUGAUGGAAGUGAUGCAGAAGAGGAGCAAAGCCAUCCACUCUUCAGAUGAUGACGAUGAUGAUGAUGAGGAAGAAGACUUUGAGGAUGACGAUGAAUGGGAUGACUAAUGACGCACAGCCCCUGUACCUUGGAUGAUUACGAUGACACUAAAUUGUUCCUAAAUUGUCUUUCUAAAUCGUAUUUGAAUUAUAAUGUAAAUGUUUUAUCAAUUUGCUGUAUAUUUUUGUUGCCUUUAUGCUUUUUUUUAUUAAUCUGUGCAAUACCUCAUUUAAUCUGUAAAGGUUUGUCAUGUUAUCUUUCUGUAAAGUUUUUCUUUUCUCUCGUGGGUUACCAUGUGCAAUUUUACAUCAAGUUUUUCUUGAUCUGUAGAGUUGAAUAAUUUCUUUUGGGGGGUGGGGGUGUUCAGUGAUUAGAGGGAGAACAAACAAACUGACAAUUCCUUCAUGUUGUGAUUUGUUAAAAAUCGAGAAACACUAUUUUCAUACCGUUACUUCUCUCGUACUUUAUUUUUACUUAAAGAUCCUAGUUUAGCACUCUUAUUUUCUUAAGAAAUCAGCUCUUUUGGAAUAUCUAGCCCCACUUGUUGUCAAUUGUAAAUUUACAGAGUUUGAGUAUUUUUGCACAAAUCAAAAAGAGGAGACUCAUUAAGCGAAUACAGAGCAGUAUAUCUGCAACAUUAUGCUUUAAAGGCUACCAGAUAUCACUUACAUUAUCCAAAACUGUCAACCCUUAUCCUAUACAUGCCUGUCAUAGUCACACUGUGAACUACGAACUAAACUACAAACCGUUAUCAAAGAAACAUGAUGGUUUUAACUUUUUUUUUUUUUUUUUUACAGUAGCAAUCUGUCUGCUAUAGUUAUGUUUGAAUCAGGUCAGCGAUGAUGCAAAUUUCCAGGAUGAUUUGCAGUUUUUCAGCUUACUGUGACAUGCCUGGUUUAAAGGCUUAUUGUCCCAUUAAGAUGUCUUACUAAUGAACUGUCAUUCCAGAAUCCAUGAACUACACUAACCCUUGGCUGUCAACACUAACUUACUCCCUGUGAAGAGAAACCAACGCCAGUUUGAACUAUCAGUCUCUUGGUUUUCAUGGUUAGUGAAACUUGAGUUACCAGGAUAUAUGGACCUCAAACCUUCAGAAAUUAGGUCAGAAGGAUAAUGGACUAUUAAAGUGUACACUCAAAUAAAUAAAUGGUAAUAUUUACAGAGA